GAAGCCUUGAAAGAUUUCAACAAGGCUAAACUGAAACCAACAGAAACCAAGAUUUUGACAGUUGACGGGAGGGUUUUAAAGGAGAAGAGGGAUACGUCGGGCCGAUGUGUAGUAGAACAGUUACAGACGGGUGAACAAGGCUAUAUCGGUGAUGUACAGUUAGAUCUGCAAGUCGGCGAGGUCCUUCCUGGAUUGAUUAUGGGUUCUCAAGACAUCGCCCAUGAACAACACAUCAUAGAUAAAUAUAACGUGACACACAUCCUUAAUGCAGCUUCCAUGGUGGAAAAUAUAUUCCCAGACAAAAUAAUAUAUAAAAACAUUCAAAUAUAUGACACACCUGAGGAACCAAUCCGCGAGAAAUUUGAUGAAGCACAUAAUUUUAUAGAUCAGGGGAGAAAACUCGGUUGUGUUUUAGUUCAUUGCAAUGCUGGAAUAUCACGUGCUGCUACUCUGGUUAUAUCGUAUUUAAUGAAGACUGAACAAAUGUCCUUCAAUGAUGCUUAUGAUUAUUUGAAGGAAAGACGUCCAAGAAUCAACCCAAACCCAGGCUUCCUAUUUCAACUGAAAGAAUAUGAAAACGAACUUACAACAUCGAAUAAAAAAAUGAAUUAA